AACUAUGAUGAUUACCGCAUCAAAACAAUACAGAAAUUGUGCGCGCUGGAUCGUAAACUUUUACGUAAAACAUUAUUUUACUAGUUAAAAAGUAAUAAAAAUGAACAAAAUUGUCGUAGACUUUUUGCUCAGAGGUGCCAGCUUUCGAUUCCCGCAACAGUCAUAUCAUGCACUGCGAAGAAAUUACAGUUUUAAAAGCGAUAUAUCGCUGGACAAAAUUUACCCCUCUAGUAACUUGCGAUUGUACACGCCAUCUUCCCCGUCCGCAGUUGGGGAUAAGUUCACCGGAUUCAUUCCUCUAGAGAAACUUGAUGUCACUCACAGUCGUAGCAGUGGUCCAGGCGGACAAAAUGUUAAUACUGUUAGCACGAAAGUUGAUAUACGUUUCCACUUGGAGUCGGCCAGUUGGCUGUCGGAGAACACUCGAAAGCGUUUGGCAGAAUUGCAAAAAAAUCGUAUCACCAAAGAUGGUUACCUGUUCGUGCGGAGUGAGCUGACCCGUUCGCAGCAGAUGAAUAUAGCCGAUGCGCUGGAGAAACUGCGGAACUUUAUCCGGGCUGCGGAGAAACCGAUCGAGGCGGAACUGUCCCCGGAAACGCAGGAAAUGCUACGCCGCAGGCAUGAGAAAGCUACCCGCGAACGGUUGGCAGUCAAGCGAUCCCGGUCGCAAACAAAAACCGAACGCGGUGCGCCAUUGCUGUAAUUUCUUUCUCAACGUUUUCUUAUAGAAUAAAUUUGGAACAGAAAACAGA